AUGAAGGCCCUGGUUAUCCAUUUGUCAUAUUGUACUUCACAUGCUGUUUCAGUUGCAGCAGCUGAAGAUGAAAAGAUUGUCGGAGGGUACGAGUGUCCAAGACGCUCUGUUCCAUACCAGGUGUCUCUGAACGCUGGAUACCACUUCUGCGGCGGAUCCCUUAUCUCCAGCCAGUGGGUGGUGUCUGCUGCUCACUGCUACAAGUCCCGUGUCCAGGUCCGUCUUGGUGAGCACAACAUCUCUGCGAAUGAGGGCACAGAGCAGUGGAUUGAUGCUGCCAAGCUGAUCAAGCACCCCCAGUACAACAGCAACAACCUGGACAUCGACAUCAUGCUGAUCAAACUGAGCCGCCCCGCCACCCUCAACAGCGACGUCCAGACGGUGGCCCUGCCCUCUCGCUGCCCCGUGGCCGACGAGAACUGCUUGGUGUCCAGGUGGGGCAACACUCGCUCCCCAGAUGAUUUUCCUGACAGGCUGCAGUGCCUGAAGCAGCCCAUCAUCGACGACAGGAUCUGCAGGAACGCCUACUCCCACCUCUUCACCGAGAACAUGGUUUGCUCUGGAUUCAUGCAUGGAGGUGCCAGCAGCUGCCAAGGAGACUCUGGUGGACAUCUGGUGUGUAAUGGUCAGCUGCAGGGAAUCGUGUCCUGGGGUUAUGACUGCGCCAUGCAGGGACACCCCAACGUCUACGCCCGUGUGUGCCGCUACAACAGCUGGAUCAGCACCAUCAUGAGCAACAACUAAACGCAUACAGUCAGCCAUAAACCCACGUGUCAGCCAUAAACCCACGUGUCAGCCAUAAACCCACGUGCAAGCUGACACCACACUCAGUGCCCAUAUUGUGUUUAUUUGGAACACCUGUAUUAUUGAGUCAUUCAUAUACAGUACAUCUCAUAAAUAACAUGUUUAGGCAUAAUAUUCUGUAACCAACAGUUAAGACAAAGAAUUGGAUAAAUGAAUAAAAUAUCCAUUAGUAUCCAUUGCAUUUGUUUGGUUUUACCACAUUGAGUUUUAUGAUUGUUGGCAAAACAAUAUUAGCAUGCUCUUGCUUGGUAAUACUGUAUUGUCGGUGCUUCUGUGUUCAUUCUGUUUUGCUGUCACAAGGCCAGUGCUGUCUUAAAAUUCAUAAUGAAUUUUAAAUAAAAAACUGUUGGAAAACA